GCGAUCGUUGAGGCGAUGCUGGAGGUGGCACAUGGCAAUCCAGCUGUGGAGAAAGACGAUGAGCUGCAGACUGAAGACUUGGAUGGAGGUGAGCAGCUUGUGAGCAAGGCGACAGACUUCUUCCUAUCAUACCUAGGCCUGCAAACGUCCAAAGAAGCAGCAGUCAAUGCAAGCAGAAUGCAGGAGGCGAUGGAGAACCUUCAGGUUUGCAGAAGUUGGCAAGAGCUGGAGGACACUUGGAAGACUGACUGCCCCAAGCUCCACAAUGCCAUCGUUCACAACGGCUGGGACAAGGUCACCAUGGAAGGCACUUCAGCAGAGGGCACCCCUCUGAUCCUGGCCAGGCCGCGGAAUGACAUGAAGCCCACUGGCUUCUUCAAGUUUGAGCUAAACCGAGCGGAGCUGGAGCAGGUGGGCGUGACUGUGACUGAAGCCCAGC